UCUGUUCGGACGGUCGGUACCGGUCCCGGCUGGUCGCGGCUCUCUCUGUCCGACCCUCCGGGUCCUCUUGGCGGCUCUGAACUGCCGCUGCAGGCGCUCACAGGAGCUCGGAGGCCGGCGGAGAGAGCCGCGGAUCACCGCCGGGUUUCUGCUGGUUGUUGUUUCCUGAUUCAACCUGUCAGCUCUUACACUUCCGGCCAGACCUUCACAAUAAGAGUUUGGACGCUUCCGCAGGCUGUAGUGAGAAAAAACAACCAAAGAAGAAGAACAGAUGAUGAAGAACAAAGUCAGCAGCAGUCAAGUGAGUGUAAAGAGGCGGUCCUGGUCGUGGCAGCAGUACCUGAAUGAACAGAAAGCUGAAGCUGCUCCUCUGUCACUGUUUACACAGUCCCAGUCUUUUCCCAGUAGGAGGGUUGGUUUUAAAGUUGGGAUGAAGAUGGAGGGCGUCGACCCACUGCAUGCCUCCAUGUUCUGUGUGCUGACUGUUGCCGAGGUGAUUGGCUGUCGGCUCCGUCUCCAUAUUGACGGAUACUCAGAAUGCUAUGACUUCUGGGUGAAUGCAGACUCACCAUACAUCCGACCGGCAGGCUGGUGUAAAGACAACAACCAUAAGCUCCACCCACCCAAAGGUCUCAGUGAGACAGAUUUUGAUUGGUCGCUGUACCUGCAGUCCUCCGGCUCUCAUGCUGCUCCUCCAACCCUUUUUACCUGUCGCACUGCAAGCUGUGGGUUCAGCGUGGGGAUGAAGUUGGAGGCGGUCGACAGGAAGAACCCUGGGCUCGUCUGCGUCGCCUCAGUCACUGAUGUCAUCGAUGACCACUUCCUGGUUCACUUCGACAACUGGGAUGACACAUACGACUACUGGUGUGACAGCAGCAGUCCAUCCAUCCAUCCUGUGGGCUGGUGUGAAGAACAGGGACGACCUCUGACCGCUCCACAGGGUCAUCCCAACCCAGAGAACUUCAUGUGGAAGGACUACCUGCAGGAAACUGGUUCCACUGCUGCUCCCAGAUCAGCCUUCACACUGAGAGCUCCACAUGGUUUCCAGUUGAACCAGAAGCUGGAGGCAGUUGACAAGAGGAAUCCCAUGUUGAUCCGCGUUGCCACAAUAACAGAUACAGACGAUUACCGGCUGAAGAUCCAUUAUGAUGGCUGGUCGGAGCAGUUUGACAUCUGGUGUGACAGCGACCUCUGUGACCUCCAUCCUGUUGGCUGGUGUCAACGCACGGGACACCCACUGGACCCACCCCCAGGUUUCUCCCCCUUGUCCUCCCCUUCUCAGGGUGUGUGUCCGACUCCAGGCUGCAGAGGAGUCGGACACAUUAAAGGAGCCAAAUACACCGGUCACCACAGUUCCUUCGGCUGUCCGUACUCAGACAUUAAUAUGCGUAAAGAGGUGGUGCUUCCUGACAGGCUGGGAGGAGAGCGAGUCGUCACCCUCGUACCUGUCACUGUAUAUCACCACGGCAACCAAUCAAACAGUGUUCAGGUGAAGACUGAACCCAGAGACGACGCUCUGCUGCUUCCUCUGGGCAAGAGAACACUGACAGACAGACUGUCCCAGCCAACCAAAUUCCUCCGUGUGAAAGAGGAAGAGGAGGAGCUGCACCUCGGAGCCCUCAGUCCAGAGUCCAGUUUGCAGGCCGCCCUCCAUCAGUCUGUCUUUCUGUCGGCCAUGUCAGCACAGCCCGGUCGCGACCUGUCGCUCUGCUGGGAGCAACACCGCAAACUGCUGCCUGGUGUGGCCCAAGUCCACGCCGACGCUGUCCAGCACUGGAGCGUCCAGCAGGUGUCAGAUUUCGUCGAGUCUCUUCCCGGCUGUGAGGAUCAGGCCAAGCAAUUCAGGGACGAGCAAAUCGAUGGCCGGGCCUUCCUCCUCCUCACCCAACGGGACAUCGUCAGGAUCAUGUCAAUCAAACUUGGUCCCGCCCUCAAAAUCUACAACUCCAUCCUGAUGUUCAAACACGCCAAGGACAGGAUCCAAUCACACGCUCAGGACAGGAGCCAUUUACACAAAGAGGACACAAGCCAAUCACACACAAAGGAUACCAAUACAGACAAAUCAUGACCGAACCAAUCCAGAGACCUGAUUGAUGACCUGUGAACUCCCAUCUUUCAUCCAAUCAUCACUCAGAUCCUCAGGUGUGGGUCAUGUGACCACAUGAUGCACCUGAGCUCCAUUUCAGGCUCCUAUGGAUCUUCAGGUUACUGAACCAAAACCAGCCCCAGUGUGCAAAGGAUUCUGGGAUGUCGAGUGGUAAAAGACACACUUUCUGUGAUGACAGGUGGUCCGGAGACAACAUGGCUGCUGACAGCUGAUUGGCUCCUUAAAAAAAAACACACGUAAAAAGUUUAAAGAUGAGAUCAGUUUUCUACAUUUUCUGUAAUAUCUUCAAACAUUUUAAUGUGACAGUUAAAAAGAUUGUUAAGAGUUAAAGGUCUCAUUUGUUGGUAAAGCAUCUUUUAAAGGUGAAAUUAUGAGAUUAUAUUAAAUCACAAUUAACAUAUUUUAUAAUAACAAGAAACCUUCUGAUCAGUUUCAGCUGUUUGUAAUUAUUGCAAGGGCUCGUUAAUAAACAUCAUGCAGGACUGAAACAGGAAACACUUGAUGACAUCACACUGUUGCUCCGCCUCCACUGAUUUCCACCUGAACAACUCUCAGGAUUUAACUCUUUGUCCCGCCUCCUCUGCUGUGAUUGGUCAGUUUGUGAAGAGUGGCUGACAUGAGCUUUAAAGUAAUUUUGAAAAAUAGUUUAUAUUUAUAAUUUUAUUCUCUCUAGUGUUCUUAAGAGUCUCUACUGUGUCUAUAGAUUUCUAUUAUAAAGUUUAUAUAUGAGUAUAUAUAUUUGUAUUCCUGUGUGUCAGUCCUGCUGAGUUUGUUCUGACUCCUCCUCCCUGUUGAUGUCACUGUGAUGUCACAGCUCCCUCAGGUCCAGCUUGUUUUAAUGUUUGCAACAAUCCACUGAUGUUUUAUUUCUGUCAGUGUUUGAUGAGAUCAAUAAAGUUUAUAAUCUGA